AUGCAGCCCGUUUCUUUCUCACCGCUCUACUUUGUCUUGGCAUUUCUGGGAUUGCUGUCGGGGACGGUACUCUCUGCCAGUGCGCCUACCCGGGCAAACAGCGGUUCUCCGAAGGCUCAGACCGACAUCUGGCCAGCAAACAAAGCCUCCUUAGGGUCUGGGAACACAACAUCUCCCGCCUCUAGAAACUCGACGUCAUCCGCAAACAAUGUGGUAUAUGGGUCCACACCCGCAUUUGUCGUGUACACCGACAGAGUCACUGGCGGGGACGAAGACAGAGAUUUCCCGAGAGCACGGCUAACUUCCUACAGUGUUCUCUCCUUCCUCCUAGUCUCGGGGGCAGCGGACCAAGCCGCCGCCUGGGCUGCAUUGAGCGCUGACACGAAGGCCGCUAUCAAGACGGAGUACAACGCGGCGGGUGUCAGCGUCAUCGUCUCCGCGUUCGGCGCGACGGACGCUCCGACGAGCGGCGGCGUGGACCCUGUCGCCACCGCGAACGCUAUGGCGCAGUUUGUGCUCGACAACCAGCUGGACGGGAUUGACGUGGACUAUGAGGACCUGACUGCGAUGAACGCGCGCGACGGCGGCGCGGAGGCGUGGCUCGUAUCGUUUACUCAGACACUCCGCAAGAAGCUGCCGAAGGGGCACUACCUCCUGACACACGCACCCGUUGCUCCUUGGUUCUCACCUGUGUUCAACACGACUGGCGCAUACUUGACUGUCCACCAGAAAGCCGGUGACUUGAUAGAUUGGUACAACGUACAGUUUUACAACCAGGGCGACGGCAUGUACACAACUUGUGACGGCCUACUCACCACGUCAGGCGGCUUCUGGCCAGGGUCCGCGCUGUUCGAGAUCGCACAGGCCGGGGUACCCCUCGAGAAACUCGUCAUUGGCAAAUACGCCGCGGAGGGCGGCGGCGCGUCGGGCUUCAUGGACCCGAACACGCUUGGCGAGUGCGUCGCGCAGGCGCGUGAGUUGGGUUGGAGUGCGGGCAUCAUGACUUGGGAGUACCCCGACGCAAACUCUGCGUGGAUUAAGGCGGCCCGCGGCUCUGCUUUCCCUCUGUGA